CUCGUCCGUCAUGGCGGACAAGAACACGACCAGCUCGGCGACUGACACCGACUUUCGCAAGAAGUGGGAUAAAGAGGAGUAUGCCGAGCGCGCUAAGAAACGAGACGCUGACGAGAGGGAGCGUAUGCAGGAUAACGAAGAGCGUUUGAGGCAAGGGAAACGGCCUCGCAAAGGACCGAGAAAAGAGGACCUCCCUAAGCCUACUGAACUGAUGAAACAGCGAGAAGGGCCUCUGGAGUUGGACAAAAACUUAAAUAAAACCAUGGUCGUUCAAAAUCCUGGCGGAAAGGGCCCUGGGCAGCCUGGCUUCCAUUGCGACACGUGCAAUAGGACAUUCAAAGACACAGUGGGAUAUUUGGAUCACAUUAACAGUCGAGCGCAUCUGCGUGCCAUUGGGCAAACGACGAAACUGGAGCGGUCGACUUUGGAACAAGUGCGCGCCCGUAUCGCUAUGCUACGUGAAAAGACAAGAGAAGCCACGACUGCUAAAAAUUACGACUUUGAUAAACGAUUAGCACAAGUCAAGGCGUUCGAACUUGCUAAUCGCGAGGAGAAGAAAGCGGCGAAGAGAGCAGAGAAGGAAAAACUCCGCCUUGAAUUGAUCAAAGAUUCUGGUGGUCCAGACGAUGAUAUGCAGCGCAUGAUGGGUUUCGGGGGUUUCGGUUCGACAAAGAAAUGA